GGCAAAACGGCAUGAACUAAAUUUUUCUGAGGGAAUGGAAAUCGCCCCGACGUAGCCCCACCAAGAUUUGCAGUGGGGCCCUGAACGAAAAAACUAUCCUAAAUCCCAACUACUGUACAAACCCUCCGCCUCCAGCAGCUGAAGACGCUUUGGGGGCUCUUAAAACGCAAACGCAGAUCUCCCAGUAUAGCCCGAGGGGGCGGGGCGCGGCGGGAGGUAAAGCCCCGAGAACAUAAGCAUGAACCCAUAGAACGCCACAUCUUACACGAAAAUCUAGUGUUUGGAGCACACACACUCUGAUAAACAGCAACGUGGUCCAAUGGCUAUGACGCCGAACUACUCCAAGUAAACUGACCCACUCUUGCCAGCAGUCCUUUGGCACGGGGCGCCUCAGCCGGCAGAGGGUUAAAAGACAACCACAUCACAGGACCAGAUGCCGUCCGAAGAGCACAGGCGCCCGACCCCGUGUGCCCGCUGCUCAGCAGAGUUUGGGGCUGGAAAGCCGCAAGUUCCGCUCGCCCGCGAUCCCGGUCUGCCCGGGUCUCCGAUCCCGGUCUACCCGGGUCUCCGCGGGUCCCCAGGGUCAGGCCUCUCCCCCAACCUCCCCUCCCCCACAGUCGCCUGGCCGCCGCCGCAGCCAGUCCCAGCGCCUCGCGUCGCCGCCCCGGCCGCUCAGCCUCUGGGCUCCUCAGUUGUCAGCCCCUUCAGCUGCUCCCCCUUUAGAGGCGACCCAGUCCUACUUCUCCUCACCGGGGUUAGCAGUAGUUGCCGCCAUGGCCUAGAUGCCGCCGCCGCCGCUGCCGCCGCCGCGCCACCCCCCAAUGGGAGGAGCCGCUGCCACCGAGCGCGGGGUGGGGGGAUGAAGGGGAGGAGAGCCACUCCCCAGAAGGGGCGCCCUACUGCCGCCACCGCUACCGCGGAAUCCAAGAUGGCGGCUAGGAUAACCCCCAUCAUCCCGGCCUCGGGGGGGCGGAAAGGCCCCGCCCAUGGGGGGCGGGGUCCAUCCGCCGUCGGCCUCCUUGGAAAAUUGACCAAUGAAAAUGCAAAAUCAACAGACGGGCAGAGCCAGCCGGACCAGCCGAGGCAGGCAAAGAUCUAAGAAAUCCAGCUGCCUGCCCAAUCCAGCCUUCAUUGCGUCAGAGGAAUUGAACACAGAGCCCCAUGCAUGAGUGG